UCGAAGUUAAAGUUUUCAACUUUCGUGAAUUCGUGUUCACAGCAAGCAGAAUUUCAUUUUUCUCCUAAUUUAUAUUUGAUUUUUUAACAUUGAAUAAAAAACUUUUGGAAUAUUCGUAGCUAAAGAUAACAUGGAUGAUGAAACGGAAACAUACAGAUUUUGGCGCAUAAGAAAGACUGUAAUGCAGAUGUGUCAUGAUCGUGGUUAUCUUGUCACUCAAGAUGAGUUGGAUCAAACAUUGGAACAAUUUAAAGAACAAUUUGGGGAUAGGCCGAAUGAAGGACAUCCAAACAGAACAGAUUUAUCUGUUUUGGUUGAACACAAUGAUGAUCCCUCAGAUAAAUUAUUUGUGUUUUUCCCAGAAGAACCCAAAGUUGGAAUAAAAACAAUAAAGACUUAUUGUACAAGAAUGCAAGAGGAAAGUAUUACUCGUGCAAUCAUUGUUGUACAAAUGGGAAUGACUCCUUCAGCAAAACAGGCAUUGGUAGACAUGGCACCUAAAUAUAUCUUGGAAAAUUUUAUGGAAGCUGAAUUAUUGAUAAACAUCACUGAACAUGAGCUUGUACCAGAACAUGUUUUAAUGACCCCAGAAGAAAAGAAAGAAUUAUUGACUCGUUAUAAAUUGAAAGAACAUCAGUUACCAAGAAUUCAAGCUGGUGAUCCUGUUGCAAGAUAUUUUGGUCUCAAAAGAGGACAAGUUGUGAAGAUUAUUCGUCCUAGUGAGACCGCUGGACGAUAUAUCACUUAUCGCCUUGUUGUGUAACUGUGAAACUGGAAGUCUGGAAGCUAGUUACUAUUGCGUGAGUUUUUAUAACAUAUUAUUAUUGAUCGUUGAAGAUUAUCGUCUGCAGACAGCAGAAUUAAACACAUACUUCACGCGAAAACUGCACUGGGUCAUUGUACUUUCACAAACGUACUAACAGUAACAGGCCUAUCAAUUAUCAAAAAAUCAAACUGUGAACGUAAACUGGUAACUGAAAAUCUGAAUUUGUAACAAGCCGUCAACGGUUCUAGGUUUCAAAUGCUGCUUUCGUAAAACAGCAUUUCAAGAAGUUUAGUGUGUAUAAUUAAAGUACUGUACAUCAAAUAGACUUAAAAUAAUAGUAAAUUGUAAUUAAGUUUGUUGAAGCCUGUAUGUCGGCAAUUUUUUCCUGUCCUCUAGUCAUUAUUAGGUCGGAAAUCAUUUCGGUAAUUCUGGUUCCUGAUCUGAAAUUCCGAGGCUCGUCUGCUUGUGUAUUUUCAAUAAUUGAAACAUUGUAUUAGUUGUCUAGUGAACUAUGGAAUGAUUGAACUGAUUUUAACUAUGUUUGGUACUAUUUAAUGGUUGCUUCAAAAGAAUUUUUGACUAGUUCAUUAGUAAAACUAAUUUGAAUAUGUAUGAUCAUUUCAAUGUCUAAUAUUGAUGUGAACAAAAAAUAAAUUUAUAGCCUUCGCAUUGUUCAUGCAGAAA